AACUUCGAAAUCGUUGAAACAACAAAAGAUGAGCGACGACGGUGAAGAUGCGAGGCCAGAGAAACUGCGUAGAAAAUCACAUAUUUUAGCUGUUUGUGAUGUCUUUUGAAUGCAAGCUAGGCCAUGAAAGUCGACAUCGUUGACUUUUGAAGGGAUUCUCUUUCAUAAUACUCUAGGAAAGGAAGGAUUUUGGAAUUACAAGCAAUUUUGUGAAGAACUACAUUGCACUGGAAGUACACCUUUCACUGUAAUUUGUUCAGGCCAGCGGGAGACCGUGAGGAAUAGGCCAGUCUUCGCCUCGAUCGCGUGCUGAAAUCAACCAAGCCAAGAUCAUCAGUCCAAAAGUUAUCGAUGAUAUUUUACAGCAAGUUAAUAGUACUUGAAUGGUGUUGUUGCAUUAUCAGCCAUUGUGAUGUCAUGGGGAUUUACAAAUCAAGUCAAUAAAACUGAAACUGAAAAAAUUCGAAGAACUGAAGGAGUGGAACACAGUCACAGGGAACAAGAUUCAGACAACCUAAGUUAGACAGAACUUAUUUUGUGAUUUUCUAAAAAGACUGAUGCCUCUUCGACAAGUGCAAGUCAUGAAUAGAUCACGAGUGGUUCCAGAUGGAACUACAAAGAGAUACAGAGAGGGCAACUUUCAUUCUUCUUAUUCAACCCUCAACGAACUUGGAAGAGGGCGCUUUGCAGUUGUCCGCAAGUGCAAGCACAAGGAGAGCAACCGACACUUCGCAGCCAAGUUCGUAAGAAAGCGCAAGAUGGGACGAGACUGCCGUGAAGAUAUCCUCAAAGAGAUCCGCAUCCUGGAGAACUCGGUCUUGAACCAGCGUCUAAUCGGUCUCCACGAGGUUUACGAGACAUCAACAGAAGUCAUUCUCGUUCUGGAAUAUGCCAGUGGGGGCGAGCUACACCAGUACUGUGUGGCGGACAAAGAGGACGGGUUCUGUGAAAAAGACGUGGUCAGACUUUUACAACAGAUUCUAGAGGGCGUUCACUAUCUGCAUUCACAGAAUAUAGCCCAUCUGGAUCUAAAGCCUCAGAAUAUACUUCUGACCUCCAAAGAAACCAGUGAGAGUGACAUAAAGCUGAUAGACUUUGGAAUCGCACGCUACCUCAACCAGGGAGAAGAGAUAAGAGACAUUCAGGGCACACCAGACUAUGUUGCUCCUGAGAUCCUCAACUACGAUCCCAUCACCCUCUCCACCGACAUGUGGAGCAUUGGCGUCCUGACCUACGUCAUGCUGACGGGGAUCUCGCCCUUCGCCGGAGACACCAAGCAGGAGACCUUCCUCAACAUCUCCCAGCUCAACUUAGACUUUGCCGAGGAGGACUUCAGCUGUCACUCCCCAGAGGCCAGGGACUUCAUCCAGAGUCUCUGCGUGAUCGAUGCAGAGAAACGCCUGAGUGCUAAAGAGUGCCUUGAUCAUCCAUGGAUCCAGAAAUUCAGCAGCAUGCCUGUUACCCGGGUGCUUGACGACAACGAGAAUGUGACGCAGCAAGAUAAGUACGACACCGAGGUCUCAUCGCUCACCAUCAACGUGGUCAUCCAGAAUGACGACAAUGAGGUCGUCAAGAAGAAGGGGACGGACGAAGAGAACGACAACUACCUGGAGAACCGAACCGUGGAGUACGUCUCGCCGAGGGAGGUGAAGAGUCCAAAUGAGCAGGUGCAGGAUUCUGAAGCCUGUUUAGAUGUCAGGAGUGGGAUCAUCAUAGAAGAGAUUCUUUCAGACAUGGAUGUUCAUAUGGAUGUGGAGAGCAAAGACGGACAAACGGACACCACCCAGGACCUUCCCCACAUUCAGGAAGAGGUCCAGGUUUUAUCUCAGUAUUCAAAGAGCUUUGAGGUUUUAGAUCAUGAACUAGUAGAGAAGCGCGAGUAUCCUCUUAUCUCGCAACCGAGGCAAGUCAUCAUCGAGAGUCUAGAGGACUCUCCUGCGGCGGUGUCUCUGCAAGGGGAGAGCAGUGUGGCCCUGGGAGACAUGAAGUGCAGGAGCUGCAACAGGUUACACCCAGAAUCACAAAGUGCCUCUGACCGGAGCAGGUCACCAUCCUCCAGCCCUAUGGGUACGCGGCGGACCCUCUGCCCGAACAAGGAGAACUUUCCUAAAGACAUCCGGGAACCCAAGAGGUUCUGUCUGGAAGUGGUCCCUCAACAGCAGGGCCAAGUCGUCUGUUGAUAGUCGCAGGUUUUCCAAACAAUCCAACAUAUUUAUUCUAGAUAUUGUUUUUAUCAUUGUUCAUUAGCGAUGACUGACAGUUUCAGUACAUUUUUCACAUUAAACAAUCACUUGGGAACGUGUUAUGUUAGUGGGGAAGAGUUUUAAAUUCUUGGCAUUUUAGAGGUUUUAUUUGAAAUCAUUUUAUGGAUGAUUAUUAUCAUUGAAUUAUAGUGUAAAGAGAAGGAAAUGUGAAUAUAUAAUGUAUGAAAUUAUUUGAAUUCAUUGUAGUGCUGAGCACUUAAGUAAGUUAACAUUUAUGGUACCAAAGUAACUUUUUACUUAAAUAAGUUGUUAGGUCUUGUUGAUUCAAGACCUCAGUAAACUAAUGCCUUGCUCUUUGCAGAGAGUUCCUAUACAAAAUAAAAGCGACAUCAAGAACUUCCAAAAUGAGGCAACUUUUGUGAAAAGGGUGCUAUGUGUUUUCUGUGUGUAAGUAUUAAGAAUAACUAUGCAUUUUUAUACAAUUCAUCAUGAUUCCGUUGGUGAGAAAACGUGAGAAGGCCAAAACAGUUGUCUUCACAAAAGGGGAAAAAAGAGAAAUAUGCCUUUAGAUUAAUGUUGCAUGCAUCUUGAAAUUUCGUAGAAUACUUUUACAGCAAGUCCUACCAAAUAUGUGUGAUGCUCCUAGACAUAUGGGGUGUUGCAAGAAAGUUGCGAUUGGUUGCAAGUUGCAAAAUUUGCAACUGAUAUUUGCUAUCGAUUGUAACUCAACUUUCUUGCAACGCCCCACUAGUCUCCUAAAUUUCCUAGGAUUUUGUUUGGAUUAUAAUUUUAACAAUUAAAUUCAGUUAACUAGAUCUAGCUUUUAUUCCCCCUCCCCCUCUAUCUCUCUCUCUCUCUCUUUACUAAUAUGGCGUUGCAAGAAAGUUGAGUUGGGAUCAAUUGCAAUUAAUCGCAAGACUUGAUUUGGAGGAUUUGCAAUUGAUCGCAACUUUCUUGCAACGCCCCAGUAGGCGUACAUGUAGAUAGGCUACUAGGCAGCUAGCUCAAUGUAUCAUUGAGUGAACUUGGUAUGUAGUUCAGGAAAACUGGAAAAAGUACACUAAGUUAGACGAAAGAAACUUGCUAAUAAUAGUUUCAUCUCGUAAUGAUUUUGCCUAUUUUGUAUUCUAUAUCGAAUGGUAUAGAACAUCAAAGAAAUUGAAUUUUGGAAUGAAUAAAAAGAAAAAGACAAUCUUGUGUCUUUACCAACUUCAUUUUUAUGGUCGUUGAAUGGGCAUAACUCCAAAUUUGUAGCAUUAUGCCAUAUUUUUUUAAUUUAGAUCUCAGCAACUCAAUUAGGGCUCCAGGUGACAUACCUUUAGGUAAAAUAGAAAUAGAAAUCCUUGAGUUCAACACUAUCUUUUGGGUAGGAUAUAUCAUUUAUUUACAUAAAUUUUCUUUUGAUUUGGUAGAUUGUAUGUUAAGAUAUUCUGCUGUUUAUUUAUAAGUUUUAAUCGUGUUUUUGUGGAAAUUGUAUUUUCAGUCUUUACUUACAGUGGUUUUGUUCAAGCCUUUGUUGUUUCUUACAGUGAAAUUCGCUACGCUCUAGGACAGUUGAGUUGGGUUCCAGACUUCCAGAACGUAGUAACUCACUUGGAGUUACUGCCUUCUGCCUCCCAUUCAACCAGUUUUCCUUAGUCAUGAAUAAUCUUUGUUUCUAAUUCAUGCUGCUUAGGAAAAAUUGCAAUGGUGUAUUAAGAAUAACCUUCCUAAUAUUGUUGAUUUUGUGUCGUGAAGAAAUUGAUAAUUCCGUCAGCCAUUUGACAAAGUGCGUCUUCAUGCAUGUUUUGUUGGGGGAUUGUUACGAACGCUAGCUCGAAGGGAAUUACAGAUAUAUGUUGUGACUUUGUUCCAUUUGAACUGUACUUUCUUUCUAUGUUGUAGUCGUCCAUGUUUUUAGAACCGUUUCCCAGUGUUUCUGUUAUCUUUUAUUUGUUUGUUUUGGUAGUGGAGAGUCAGGAGUUUUGUAUUCAUAGAUUGUCAGGGCAUUUUCUGAGAUUCAGUGAACAUCAUUUAAUAUGCUAUUACACAUUCAAUGAUGCACACACCUUUCACACAAAUACACACUUGAAUCGAGCUAUGUUUUAUUGAUAUCAUAGCUUCACCCUCUAGUGACCUUAGAAGCAGUGUAGUCAAUGACAUUGUCAAUUGCAUUUUGGAAAUUGGGAUAUAGUCAGUGAUGCUUGUCAAUUAAAUUUGGAAUUGUCAGUUACGCUACAGAAUUUGUAUAAGUUACAUUUUAUAGUUUUGUGGUAAAAAUGUAUACCAAAUUAGCCUAUUCUGCAACUGCAUGUUUCAAUGUGUUUUCCAAUCAUCCAAGCAUCAGUUGCUUAUUGCAUUUCAGACAACAAUCUUCAAUCGUUUUGUGGUCUGCCACCAUACUCUAUCAAAGAGUAGUAGAAAUUGCAAGACCAAUACCGGUAAAAGCAAAUAAACCCAAUUUUAUUUAUUUAAAGUGUUCAUUCAGUAGCUUUAAAUUGUCAAUACUCAAUCUUACCUACAUUAUAACUCCAAUGUUGUGAUUUUCUUGGUUCUUAGAGGUUACUUUCUGUUAUUUUUUACUUCACCAUUAAAUUGUUUUUAUUGUGACUAUGUUCCAUGUUGGAAAUUUUGAUUUAUAUAUUUAUGUUUACAAGAUGUGCUCCAAUCGUAAUUAGGAUACCCACUAUUAGGGAACCACUGCCAAAAGGUUGACUUUCAGUCUGAAUUAUGAUAGAUGUAUCAAAAGGUGUACUUUAUUCCAAACGAUGGGCCCUGUUUCAUGAAACUUGUUAUAAAUAUUAAGGUACUAGAAAUGUUAUAAUCUACUGAAAUCCUAACUCUUGAUUGGCUAUUUGAUUGGCAUUUGUUAUUGAUAACAAGUUUUAUGAAACAGGGCCACGAUCUGCUCGAAGAUAUUUUCAAGGAGAUAGCUACAGGUAUAUCAUUCCUCUAGAUUUUUUCGUGGCAGGUUAGUGUGAGCACCAACACCAAUAUCAAUUAGUUGGUGCAGUUCAGGAGGCAGACUCUUAAUAAGAAGAUUGUCUCUAGACUGGUAGAAAAAUAAAUGUACUGUGACAACUAAAAGAUACAUCAAAAUUCAAAUUUGUCCUGAUAGUUCUAGCUGGACUAAUCUUAGUCAGUAAGCUGACCGCUUUAUAAAGAUGGAACUCAUUUUAACCAAUGUUAGAAAGCUUCAGUAGAAUUUCGUUCAGGAUGCCAUAUGAAUGUCAGAUACGUAUAUAUUACUUUAUCUGUGUGCACACAUUUCAUUUUUUAGAGUAUUCCAGUAUAUGCCUAUGUAUAUUUUGUGUUCUCAAAGUUUUAUUUAUGCGUGAUACUCGUAAGUGGAAGGGAGAUAGUAUAUUAUAUUCAUUCGUUAUCCUAUUUGCAUCAUAUUUAAUUUUAUUCUGAUCACAUUGUGUUUGUUUUCGUGGUUCAAUUCACAAACAAGCUUUAUAAUCGUUGAGAGGGUAUAUACUUAUAUUUACUCAAAAGCUUUUUCAAUAGGUAAUUUGUCUGGAGAUUAAAGAAUACAGAGUCCAAACAUAUAUACAGCUUGAUUAUGUCCUAUGACAGUAACAUAUUUUGUGUACAAGGAGAAUUUACUGGGAGAAAGUCAUGACUUUGUAAAUAUGCAAAAACGUCAGCUGUUUCAACAUCAUAAACUUAAGCAAAAUGUUAUGGUUGAUUAGAUUUGUUUACCUAUUAAGGUAGGAAUCAUUAAAGUGGGAUCAUGUUGGAAUAUAGUCCAGAAAGGUUAUGCAACAAUUUUGACAAGCUUAAUCUCAUUUUCAGUAACUAUUCAUUAUUAUCCUUUCCUGAAACGGGUUGGAAACUGUGAAAUACUUAAUUGAAAGAUCAUGAUACAUCAGUUGUCUGUAAACAAUGCGUCCGUUUUCAUUUCCAUGAAAGUAUGGCUAUUGACACUGUAAAGGCAUGAUUGUGAAAGUUACCCUGCACGGUUUAUAUUUUAUGAUUCGCGAGAUUGUUCUCACUGUAUCGGUUGCAGUCGAGUGAUUUGUCAGUGAUCUGGAUUUGAUUGAAUUUCAAUGGAAGAAGGAGAAGAAAAAAAACAUACAAAUAAAUAUUUUAGCUGUGAUGCACCAUA